AAACUAAAAACCUUUUCUUUUAGUUUUAGCCACACCGCCAAUAGACUCCCUCAGUUGACCGACUUCACUUCCUCUCCCUCUCCCUCUCCCUCUCCCUCUCACCCACCAAACAACCAUAACACCAAACUCACUAUUAAAACUUUCCCAUCUUUUCUUUUUUAUAUAAAACCCAUUUCCCCUUCUCCUUUCUCUCUUCACAAUCACUCCUAAAAAAAAAAGAAACCUAAACACACACUAUGGCCUUACAAGCUCUCAAUUCCCCUUCUUCCACCUUCCCCCUCACCGAUCCUUCCGCCCUUGAUCAUCAUCAUCAUCAUCAUCAUGACCCUUGGAUCAAACCAUCCAAGCCUCGUUCCAAACGUCCCCGCUUCGACUCCGACGACGAAUACCUCGCCUUUUGCCUCCUCAUGCUCGCCCGUGGCAGAAUCUCCCGUUCUGAUCAUCAUUCCACCAGUACAGGAGAUCACAGCUCAUAUUCCCCGUCCUCCUCUCCUCCGCCUCCACCUCUUUUGAAAUUGGCUUAUAAUUGUAAUGUUUGUAAUAAGUCUUUUUCUUCCUACCAAGCCCUUGGUGGUCAUAAAGCUAGUCAUCGCAAAUCCGACGCCGGAGAGAAUAAUAACGUCCCCCCCGUGGUUUCUACCACUCUUUCUAAUUCUACUGUUGGCAGCGGUGGUAGCAGGACCCACCAAUGUUCCAUUUGUUUUAAAUGCUUUCCUACAGGUCAAGCUCUUGGUGGCCAUAAGCGGCGGCACUACGACGGCGGCAGUGGUAAUAACACCAAUAGCUCCCCCGCCGCCGCCGCCGCUGCUGGUUCCGACGGUAACGGUUCUACUCUCACGCAGACCCAUCAUCGGAACUUUGACCUGAACAUCCCUGCCUUGCCAGAUUUGUGGCCGGGAUUUACCGCCGGCAACCGACAGAAAAAAAGUCAAAGUCAAAGUCAAAGUUACCAAAUUCAGGACUCUACUGAUCAGGAAGUGGAGAGCCCUCAUCCGUUGAAAAAACCGAGGCUUUUACUUCCGAUGGAAUGAUUCCUGCCGAUUCCGGCGACCCCAAUUUCCCCUUUCCCAAUUUCCGGCGAUUUAAUUUGAUACUGUAGCUGUACAUAGAUCAGAUUGCAGUAAUUUCCUUUUUCGGUGUAUUCUUAAAUAUUAAAUUACUAAAGAGAUAAGAUUAUUUGAUUUA